CGGUGGACAGCAGGCGGCUAACGGACGCAGCCACAAGACUCAGCGGCAGCAUGGGCAGCGCCAGUCCGGGCCUGAGCGUCGUGUCCCCUGGUUGCCUGCUGCUGUCCCCAGAUGUGGCACUGCGGACAGGUGUGGAGAAGCCGGCGGUGGAAACAGUGGGUCCUGAGAAGCGGGAAUGGAGCCCCAGCCCACCGGCCACCCCUGAACAGGGCCUGUCUGCCUUCUACCUCUCCUACUUCAACAUGUACCCCGAGGAUGGCAGCUGGGUAGCCAAGGUCCCCGCGGCCAGUGCCAGGGAGGAACCGCUGGAGGAGCCUGAGCAGUGUCCGGUCAUUGACAGCCAGGCCUCUGGGAGCAGUCUGGAUGAGCACUCACUAGAGCAGGUGCAGUCCAUGGUGGUGGGUGAAGUCCUGAAGGACAUCGAGACCGCGUGCAAGCUACUCAACAUCACAGCAGACCCUGGGGACUGGAGCCCUGGAAACGUGCAGAAGUGGCUGCUGUGGACAGAGCACCAGUACCGGCUGCCUCCAGCAGGCAAAGCCUUCCAGGAGCUGGGCGGCAAGGAGCUGUGUGCCAUGUCGGAGGAGCAGUUCCGCCAGCGUGCGCCCUUGGGUGGGGACGUGCUACAUGCCCACCUGGACAUCUGGAAGUCAGCGGCCUGGAUGAAGGAGAGGACCUCGCCCGGGGCCCUUCACUACUGCGCCUCCACCAGCGAGGAGGGAUGGACAGACGGCGAGGUGGAUUCGUCGUGCUCCGGGCAACCCAUUCACCUGUGGCAGUUCCUCAAAGAGCUGCUGCUCAAGCCCCACAGCUACGGCCGCUUCAUCCGCUGGCUCAACAAGGAGAAAGGCAUCUUCAAAAUUGAGGACUCUGCCCAGGUGGCCCGGCUGUGGGGUGUGCGCAAGAACCGGCCGGCCAUGAACUACGAUAAGCUAAGUCGCUCCAUCCGCCAGUAUUACAAGAAGGGGAUCAUCCGCAAACCCGACAUCUCUCAGCGCCUGGUCUACCAGUUCGUACAUCCUGUCUGA